AUGGAUUACCCUGAGUUAAAAGAAAAUUUGCAGAAUACAACAUCAUUACGCCUGCGUAAAGUUACCAUACCUGGAACACAGACGCAAUUCUACUGUGAUGACAACAGCGACUCACUCACGCCUUUUGUGACUAAACCUUUUAGGCGUCAGGUUGUUGAAAAUCUUCACUCCUUAAGUCACACUGGCACUAACGCAACUGUAAAAUUAAUUGCGCAGCUCUACGUCAGGCCCGGAAUGAAGAAAGAUUGCCGACAGUGGACCAGAACCUGCCACCCAUGUCAGCAGACAGAGUUCACUCAACAUGUAUCAUCGCCACUUGGUAAGUUUAAACUACCACGUACAAGACUUGCGUGCAUACACAUAUUCCUUGUUGGACCACUACCUGUAUCAAAUGAAUACAAGUACUGCCUCGUUGUUAUAGAUUGUUUUAACAGAUGCCCUGAAGCAAUACCUAUCAAAAAUAUAAUCGCAAAGACAGUCGCCAAAGCUCUGAUAUCCGGAUGGAUAGCACGCUUUGGUUGCCCUAGCGAAGUGGUUACGGACAGAGGACGUCAAUUUGAGCCGGAACUUUUUAAGGCUCUUUUACGAAUGGUAGGAUUCCAACAUAAACCGACUACAGCAUUUCAUCCUGCCUGUAACGUAAUGAUUGAGAGGUUCUAUAGACAGCUUAAGGCAGUAAUAACCUGCCACGCCAAUACAAACUGGACAGGAGCUCUUCCCCUAGUGCUUGCUCUUAGACUGCCUUGA